AACCCUUGAGAGUUUAAUAAUUUAUAAGUGUCUCGUAAAACAGAAUGGCGAGAUUGGGGUUAGCUGUUGUGACGAUUUUUGUGAUUCUAGGGUUUGUAAGCAUUUCAGAAGCUCAACUGAAGCUAGGGUUCUACGAUAAAACUUGCCCUAACGCAGAGAAGAUCGUACAAGCUGUUGUCAACCAACAUAUCCGCAAUGUACCAUCUUUGGCGGCUGGCCUUAUUAGGAUGCAUUUCCAUGAUUGCUUUGUUCGGGGCUGUGAUGGUUCGAUCUUGAUCAACGCGACAUCGAGCAACCAACAAGUGGAGAAGGUUGCUCCUCCAAAUCUAACUGUUAGAGGUUUCGACUUUAUCGAUUUAGUGAAGACUGUUCUGGAGAGGAAGUGUCCUGGAGUAGUCUCCUGUGCCGAUAUCAUCACUCUCGCUACUAGAGACUCUGUUGCUGCCAUUGGUGGACCGACAUGGAAUGUUCCAACAGGACGCAGAGACGGACGGAUCUCUAAUGCCACCGAGGCUUUGAACAAUAUUCCUCCUCCUUUCGGAAACUUCACUACUCUGAUUACCCUAUUUGGAAACCAAGGACUUGAUGUGAAAGACCUCGUCUUGUUAUCCGGCGCGCACACAAUCGGAGUGUCUCAUUGCUCAUCCUUCUCGAACCGUCUCUUCAACUUUACCGGCGUCGGAGACCAAGAUCCCUCACUCGACAGCGAAUAUGCCGACAAUCUCAAGUCACGGAGAUGUUUAUCUAUCACCGACAAUACCACGAAGGUCGAAAUGGAUCCCGGUAGUAGAAACACCUUUGAUCUUAGCUACUUCAAGCUCGUCUUGAAACGCCGUGGGCUUUUUGAGUCUGAUUCGGCGUUGACUAAGGAUCCCACAGCGUUGGGUCAGGUCAGAGGCUUCGCCGAAGGAUCGCUGCAAGAUUUCUUUGUCGAAUUCGGCAAGUCAAUGGAGAAAAUGGGAAGGAUCGGGGUGAAAACCGGCUCGGAUGGAGAGAUCCGAAGAACCUGUUCAGUGGUUAAUUGAAAACACUUCUUUUAUUUUAUUUGUAUUUGGUUAUGUUGGGUGAUUUUGUUUUUUUUUCUACUAUAUUUGGGUGUUUUUUUUGUUGAUAAAACUACAUUUGGGUGUUUACAAUUUCUAAAUGUUUAUUUGUUGUGUACGUGGUCAAAAUGUUGUUUCCGAAUAACUUUCACGUUUGUGAAAUCUUUGUACUAAAUUUCCAGUCGAUUUGUUUUCAAUAAAAAUGUUCACUGCACCUUUGUUCAAAA